UGUUAUCACUAAGAAACUAGAGCACUAACACACACACAUACACAUACACACAAAACUACACACAUUUUUACACAUACGCUGUGGAGUUUCUGCGCUGUUUUAAUCGGAUUUACAGUGACGGAUUUGGUGAAACUUUAAUCUCGGUUCCUGUCAGGGUUUAAGCUCCACACUGAGUCUCUGCAGUGUUAAUAAAGUAUUCACAUCUAUACUCCUCUGUUCUUCAUCAUGGCUCCCAGUUCAGAGAUCUCCUACCUGGACCGUGUCGUUAUGGAGAUCAUGGAAACAGAACACACUUAUGUCCAAGAUCUGCACAGCAUUGUGGAGGGCUAUCUGGCUCACAUUAUAGACACUGCAGAUCUACCCAUCAUCCCUGAACAGGUGUGUGCUCUGUUUGGAAACAUUGAGGACAUCUACGAGUUCAAUAGUGAACUGUUACAGGAGUUGGAUUUGUGUAAAAAUGACCCGGUGGCCAUCGCUAGGUGUUUUGUACUAAAGCGUGAUUAUUUUGAGAUCUACACACAAUACUGCACCAACUACCCAAAUUCGGUUGCUGCAUUAACAGAAUGUAUGAGAAAUAAAACACUGCUGAAGUUUUUCAUGGAGAGACAGGAAGCUCUGAAACACCCACUUCCUCUUGGCUCAUACCUUCUCAAACCUGUACAGAGGAUACUGAAAUAUCAUCUGCUCUUACAGGAGAUAGCAAAGCACUUUGACCCUGAUGAAGAUGGUUACGAUGUGGUGGAGGAGGCCAUUAGCACCAUGACUGAAGUAGCCUGGUACAUAAACACAAUGAAGAGAAAACAUGAACAUGCAGUCCGUCUUCAGGAAGUGCAGUCGUUACUAAUUAACUGGCGCGGUCCCGACUUAACCACAUAUGGUGAACUUGUUCUGGAGGGAACCUUCCGCUUUCACCACACAAAAAACAACAGAACCCUCUUCCUGUUUGAGCGGGUUUUGCUCAUCACCAAACGACGUGGCGAGAACUUUAUCUACAAAACACACAUCUCUUGUUCGACGCUGAUGCUUAUGGAGGGCGCAAAGGACCCCCUGUGUUUCAGUGUCACACACUACAAGCACCCUAAACAACCCCACAUAGUGCAGGCCAGAACAAUGGAGGAGAAGAAACUUUGGACUCACCACAUUAAACGGCUCAUUUUAGAGAAUCAUCACACCAUCAUUCCACAGAAGGCUAAAGAGGUCAUAUUAGAAAUGGACCCAAUGUAUCAGAAGUGCAGAUUUAACUCUGAGAGGAAAAAGAAAACGCAGUCUGAUGAUUUCACACACACUCGGCAAACAGGUUUUUGUUCUCUUCAUUCAGUCAGUGAAGGAGAACUGCGAGAAAACCGUAUCACACUGAGCUCCACCUCAGGCAGGUCGCAGGCUCUGAGUGUGGAGGACAGUCAGCUGUGUUGCCCUAACACUGAGGAUGCUACACACAGUGAGCUUCAGGAUAAAGAAGAGAAGGGAAGUGAAUCAGAUGAAGUGAUAAUUAAGGAUUUUAGCAACUCCAUGAUUUCCUUUUGGAGUUUCAGAGCUAAAGCCCUGCUGCAGCUCAACAUGGAUAAAGAGUGGCAAGGACAUGGAGACCCCCGAGUGUCACAGUUGGAGGAGACACAGAUGUGUGAGGAUCCAAACAGGAAUAAGACUUCACAGAGCAUUUCCCAGUUCCAGAACAACAUAGCAGAGCUUGGAUAUGAAAAGGGACUGAAGUCUGAUUGUGAUCUAGCCCAGAUCAGACACAAUGUUUAUCACAUGAGCACUGUGGAGGGAUCUGACCAAUACAAGUUAAAAGAAGAAAUUGUGCUGAAUCAGGAUGGACAGUCUUCGGAAGACGAAGUGGAGGAGGACUGUGCAGAAAGUGAGAAUCACUCCAUCCUUCCAUCGUCUGUUCUAGAUAAGGCCGGUGUCAUUGCUGAACAUUUUAUUGCUAACACUCGCCGCAGUAGUGCAGCACCAGAUGAGCUUCGGUCUCCUCACCGAAUUCAGCAGGAAGUAACAUCAAGCAAAAAUGAGGCUGUUAAUUCUGCCCUCCUGUCCCCAAGAGAGGAGAUGGUGUCUGGAUCAGAUCGACAUGUUUGUAGAAGGAGAGAUUCGACUCUGUCUAAACAGGAACAGCUGCUGAUUGAUAAGGUCAGGCACUACUAUGAGAAUGCUGAAGAGAAUGAUGCAGGUUUCAGCUUAAAGCGAAGAGAGAGUCUGACGUACAUCCCGAGUGGGUUAGUGCGCACUUCUGUCAGCCACUUUAACAAAAUCCCUCACACUGAACAGAUUAAACCUUCAAACACAGAAACGUCGUUAUUGACUUCAUCAUCUGCAAGUUCUGACAUCACCACAAAACCUGAUAAACACAAAGAUCUGUUCAGCACAGAGGUUGAUGGCUCCAUGUGUCUCAAAUCAGAAGAGGAAUUUUUCCGUUCAUCAGCUGAAAUGAUUAAGGUUUGGCAGAAAAUGGAGAAAGAGGUCACAAGCUCUCUGAGAGAAAAUAAGUCCAGAGAUAUUUCACGAUUCAGAGAAACGUGUUCACUUUCCCAAAGUUUCAGUACAAACAGAGAAGGUCAAGUUAAAGAACAACUGAAUACUGCUGAAGAUCUCAGCACUAUUACAGAAGAAUCACCAGUCAAGGGUAAAGAAGAUGAAAAGGAAAACCAGACAAGAGAUGUACAUGUCUUAAGCCUGACAGAGAAGUUCAACCAGCACUUACAGAGCAGAGAAACGAUUAAUCAGUCCAUGAAACAGACCUCAGAGACGACCAUAUAUAAAGAUCAUCAAAUAAAUAUACCAUCGAAAACAGAUGAAGAGACCAAAAAAAGCCUCAAAGGAAAACCAAACCUGGCACUCUCACUGACAGCAUGUGUUCAGACAACACAAGACGUACGACCUACUCAUUCUUUCUCCUCCAGUAAUGUGACAGUUUUAUCACCAGAACCUUCACACUUGAAAAGUCCCAUGCCAGUUGAGGGUUUUCCUUGGCCGAAUGUAAGCAAGCUGCGUUCCAUAUACACUUCUCUGGAGUGCGCUCCUCUCACAUCAUCCACUUCUGGUGCAAACACACUCAGUCCAGGCUGCAGCAUAGACAGCAAAACAUCUCGGAUUCAGCGCUCUGGAUCUCUGGAUCAGAAAUUGGUUGGCUUUGGCUGGACUAAUUUACAGAACAUGAAGGGGAAUAGUGAUUACUGCAUCUCAGCACAGGCAAAAUUAACCAACAACAGGACCAUUUCUGUGCUGGAAAAAUUCAACACACACCCCAGCCAGUUACAAAAUGCUGUCCAAAGCAAAUCAGGAAACGGAAACAAAGAAAAUAAUACUGAUAAACACAGUAAUGCCACACAACAGGGUGUCGUCAGAAACCUCUGUGAAAAAUUUCUUAAUCUUAGUUAAGUGAACGGUAAACUGUGUAUAUACAUGUAGAGUAAAUUAGGAAUUGCUGUGUAGGGAAGAUGAAGGUGUUUGCCCUCACAAUUACUUAUAUAAAUAUAACAUAAUCUAAAGCAGAGACACACAACAAAUGUAUGUUGUGUCACUGCAUGGUCAAGCCUCUGAAACAGCUUCAGAUCAUUUGGUUCAGCUUCACACUGAAACUGUACUGAAUCAAUGGCAAUUUUCUCUUCUAAAAAUUAAUCUUCAGUUCUAUCUGAAAAACUAGUGUGCAGGCUUUAAUUUAAGCCAAAGAGGAGGCAGACUUCAUAGGUGACUAGAGACCCAGACGAGGUAUUACACAGUCAGGUGUGACUCCUGCUUAACCCUUUGGGAUAAAGUUUGACUAUCCCUUAUUCAAAAAGGUGUUGUGGAGGUGGAGAGCACUGUCUUAACACAUCACUCAGUGUUCAGUUGACUUGAGAUGUGAUUUAUGUCAUUUUUUUUAUCAAACCAAUUAUUGAGCCUUUGUACCCUAUGGAUGGAAGAUGAGUAUUCCUGUAAGAGACCACAACUAUCUGCAGAGAAAUGUUUCAAAUGUAAUGAAUGAGAACCAUUAUCUUAACCCUAGGAGUGAUUUGGGUUUGAGUCGAGAAAAUACAUGGGAUUGGUCAACUGUAAACAAAAUUGUGACAAGUUUGAUUAGAUUUUCUCAUUUCUCUUUUUAGUCUUUAAUUUCAUUUUUCAAAGUAAAUGUGGACUGAAAUGGAUUAAAAACAUUAACCGUUAACCUUUAAUUAAUGCACUAACAUGAGAGUUGAGAUCAUUUUAGGUUUUUAGUAUAAAAUAUGUAAGGAAUAUUAUUUUUAAAUUUAAAUUGGUUUUUAUUUAUAUGAUUUUGCAACUUAUUUAACACUAAACUUUAUCCUGUAUAAAAAUCUAUGUAAAUGUGUUUUUUCUUUAUCUAUAACAACCAUGCCGUGGAAUUUUCACCAAACAUCUGAUUGUAAUUUAUAGUAAACAUUCCUUUACAGCAUUUUAUUCCAGUAAUUAGUUCAUUUUAUCUAAACUGUAAAUUGUAAAGAUCACCUUUGUAAUUCUCCUGAAGAAAAGCAUUAAGUAAACCUUUAAAAAAAUAAAAAGGUUGUUUUCUUUAUAUUCUGAUUGCUAUAUAAUAAUUUCUGAUAUUUAUUAAGAUCU